GACGUCGAGCGUGACCUCGCAGGUCGGCCACCGCGCGCCCUCCUUCACGUCAGUGGGCCACACCCCGGCGACCCAAUUCCGGCCGUUCAGCCCCGCCGCAGCGGCCGCUGCAACGGGCGCGAGCGCGGGUGCGGCGGCGGCGGCGGCGCCGGCGGGUGCGGCGGCGGCGGCGCUGCUGCAGCACCUGACUGCGGAGGCCGGGCGCGAGGCUGCUGCUGCUGCGGCGGCGGCAGGGGGGCAGCUGCAGCGGGCGAGCAGCCCGGCGGUGGGGCCGCAGGCUCGCGGCGGCACCGGCGGCGGCGGAGGGCAGCAGCAGCCGCAGCAGCAGCAGCAGCAGCAGUCAGUCGGAGGCGGCGGCGGAGGCGGCGGCAUGAGGGCGAGUCCCCGCAUGAGCCCUCGGUCGGCGCCCGUGAGCCCGAGGGCCUCGCAGCUGCAGCUCCAGCUGCAGCUCCCAGGGGCGGACAGCCCGGCGCCGCGAGGCGCGCAGGACGGGGCUUCUUCGAGCCCGCGGGGCGCGGGCGGCGGCGGCGCGCCGCAGUGA